ACAGAACCUUUGGAGGUAAGGCUGGAAAAAUCCAAAGUUGGAGGAGAGGCAGAGCAUCCUGGGCCCCACCCUUAGGUCUAUAUAAGAGAGAGCAGCUUCAGUCUGAGCAGCACUGACGAGGGAGCCACACCACCCAGCACCAAAACCCAAAGUCCAAUCAAAGGUCUAACUUUGCUGUUCUACCACAAAGAUGUCUUACCUAGCACCUGUGCUUACUAUUGGGGGACAAGGCGGUCGUUCUUUUAGUUUUACCGGGGAAAGCAAUGGGGCCACGCUAAAGAAGCUGUGGGUGUGGGUGGGAGAGUGGCAGGUGAGGGGCAUUAAGGUUUGGCUGACCGAUGGUCAGGUCCAGGAGUUUGGAAAGCCUGAAGGAGGAUUUUCACAGAUGGAAUUUCAGGAUGGGGAGCAGAUUAAAUCGCUCUCGCUGUGGGGCAAUGGUGCAGGAACUCGCCUAGGUGCCAUCAGGAUCAGGACAACAGCAGGACAAGAAUUCUUCCCCAAGAUGACCAAGUGGGAUCUGAAAAAAGAAUACCCCAUUGAUGUUGGGUCUGGGAUUUGUUUGGGAGUUCUAGGAAAGGGUGGGGAUGACAUAGAUAGUCUGGGGUUUGUGUUCAUCAACACCAUCAAGUCAACCGAGCUGAUCGACGUUUACUACCCCACCCUCCACCAGGCGAUCCCUCAGGUGGCCACAGAGGAGAUCAAGGCUGUCACUUACACCAAUAACACCGCCGUGGCUCAGUCCUACACAAUUGAAUCAAGUAAAACCAUCACCAAGAAAUCCUCCUGGUCCGUGUCAAACAAAAUGGAAGCGACCUUCAAAUUUGAGGUCAAGGCAGGGAUACCAGAGGUGGUCGAAGCGACUACUGGCUUCAGCUUCACUGCCAGUACAGAAAGCUCCUACGGUCUAGAGAACACCGAUGAGAGGAAGGAGACGUUCUCCUUCCCGGUCAAUGUUCCUCCCGGGAAGACGGUGGAUGUGAAAGUCACUAUUGGCAGAGCCACUAUGGAUCUCCCUUACAUGGGAAAGGUGAACAUAACCUGCUACAACGGGAAAACCCUCAAGUUCAACACCAGUGGGAUCUACAAAGGCGUCACCUACACCAACGCUAAAACCAUCGUGACACAAAAGUGAAUCCCACCGAUUAGCUUCUCAAGCUAACUUCUUUUCCUCAUUCAGCCAUUUUCUGUCCUCACCUGUACACACUAUAUCAUAACCUUGUAACCACCCAAAGAUGACUCUGUGACAUUUGUGAUAUUUACUGAUUGCCUUAUCCUCCAUCCAUCCAUCCAUCCAUCCAUCUUCCUCCGCUUAUCCGGGACCGGGUCGCGGGGGCAGCAGACUGAGCAGAGAUGCCCAGACUUCCCUCACCCCAGCCACUUCCUCCAGCUCCUCUGGGGGGUUCCCGAGGCGUUCCCAGGCCAGCCGAGAGACGUAGUCUCUCCAGCGUGUCCUGGGUCUUCCCCGGGGCCUCCGCCCAGUGGGACAUGCCCGGAACACCUCUCGAGGGAGGCGUCCAGGGGGCAUCCGGAAUAGAUGCCCGAGCCACCUCAGCUGGCUCCUUUCGAUGUGGAGGAGAAGCGGUUCUACUCCGAGCUCCCCGCGGGUGACCGAGCUUCUCACCCUAUCUCUAAGGGAGCGCCCAGCCACCCUACGGAGGAAGCUCAUUUCAGCCGCUUGUAUUCGGGAUUGUAUUUCCUGUCCUGGGUUUUGUGUGUAGAUCACUGUCACUAGAGACCCAAUGUUCACAGUGUGGUCUACUGUGUCUUCCAUAGUCUUUAGAGCAUAGACCCAUUGGCCCACAACAGGCAAAGUCUUUUUUGGAAGUGUCAUGUAAUCAUUGUUCUAAUCCUUGUACUUAUCUGUGAACUUUAUCUUGGGCAAAGUUUUUGUGAAGCGGACACGUUUCUACUGCUAAGUGCUGUUAUGGAGCUAGCUGCUUUUGCUAUUGUCUGCAAUAAAUCUUUGCUUUUCAAUAAGAAAACAAGUCUGUCUGUCUGGUUGUCUUUGGUUCCCUCUGGAACCAGAGGUCUUGGUGAGCUUUCUUACCAGGCGCUGGACUACAGGUCGGAGUUUCAGAUUGACUGACUCAGAAAGCUCAGCAAUUAAAGCAACACAAACAAUAAAACUACAAGAUUCAA